UGUUUUAAAAUAUGUGGCCAGAUUUUUCAUCGUGUAGGUAAUCUUAGGCCAGAUCAAGAUAUUCCACCAAUAUAUUCUCAACUAUAUAUUUAUGAUCCACUUGCUGCACUAAAUUUUAGAAUGCAACACUAUGCUAAUGAUCUUUGUUUACGCGAUUUAAUGUUUCAAUUGCAAACUAUAAUUAUGGAACAAAGUCCAUUUGCUCUUGCAUUUAAAAACAUGGCUGAAGUAGAAGAUGAAGAAAUUCGUAAGGCGGCUAUAGAAGGUCGCUCAGCUUCUGUUGUAAAAAUGUCUUUACUUGAAGGCGGUGAUAGACGUAGUUAUAAUCUACCUUCACAUGAUGAAGCUGCAGUUGUAUUUGUUGGCGAAGAUGGUGCUCCCCCAACUUCCAGGGAAGUUGUUAUUUACCCAAGAGGUCAUCCUUUAAAAAUUGUAUCAAGUAUGUCAGCCAACUUGGAUCCUAUGGUUUAUCCGCUAUUUUUUCCAAGAGGUGAUGCUGGUUGGCAUAAUCAAUUGGUGCAUAACCCUGAGCGUGCCACACUGGUUAGAAAUCAUGUUACAUUAUCUCAGUUCUACAAUUAUAGACUUUCUGUUAGGCAAAUUUUCUGUUCAUUAUUUUAUGGCAAGAAACUAUUUCAGCAAUAUGCUGUAGAUGCAUAUGUAAAAAUUGAAGGCCAGCGUCUUGCUUUUAUCAGAAAUAAUCAAAAUAAGCUGAGAAGCGAGCAGUACGAUGCCUUACAUGAACAUAUUAACAACAUUGCCAAUGAUCGUAAUAUUAGACCAGGACGAGUAGUAGUUUUGCCAUCAUCUUAUGUAGGAAGUCCUAGAGCUUUAAAAGAAAACUUUGAAGAUGCUAUGGCAAUUAUUAAAAAGUAUGGUAAACCAGAUCUUUUUAUAACUUUUACUUGCAACCCAAAAUGGCGUGAAAUAACAGAAAAUUUAUAUCCGGGUCAGAAUGCGAAUGAUAGACCUGAUUUGGUUACUCGAGUAUUUAAACUCAAGUUAAAUAACCUCCUCAAUGAUAUAUUCAAACAUGGUGUAUUAGGCAAAGUUGUAACGCAUGUUCAGGUAAUUGAGUUUCAAAAGCGUGGUUUGCCACAUGCCCACAUUUUACUUCAUUUAGCAAAUGAUGAUAAACUUGAAAUAUCACAGGAUAUCGAUAAUUUGAUUUGUGCAGAAAUUCCAGAUCCGAUACUUAAUUGUGAACUUUAUGAUAUUAUCAAAACUUGCAUGAUUCACGGCCCAUGUGGGAUACUGAAUCCAAAUUCUCCCUGCAUAAAAGAUGGGGUGUGCAGCAAAAAUUAUCCUAAAGAUUUUAAUGCUAACACAGUAGCUGUUCACAAUGGUUAUCCGCGCUAUAGGCGUUAUGAUAAUGGGUUGGUUAUCAAUAUUAAAGGCAACAAUGUAGAUAACCGUUGGGUGGUACCUUAUAAUCUUUGGUUAUCAAAGAAAUAUCAAGCCCACAUUAAUGUUGAAGCUUGCAUGUCUGUAAAGGCUGUUAAAUAUUUGUAUAAAUACAUAUACAAAGGGCAUGAUUGUGCGAAUGUUUUGAUAAAUGAACAGGUUAAUAACGAUGAAAUAAACACUUUCUUAGAUUGUCGUUAUGUUAGUGAACCUGAGGCACUGUGGCGAAUAUUUGAGUAUCCCAUAAGUCAUAUGUCACACUCUAUUAUCCGUCUUAAGGUUCAUCUUCCUGAGAAUCAGAUUGUGUAUUUUAGAGAAGGAGAAGAACAAGUGGCGUUAGAUCGUGCUGCUCAAUGUGAUACACACCUUACGGCCUGGUUUAAAUUGAAUUCUGAAAGCAAACGUUGUUGAUAAUAUUGGAACAAUGUCAGGUGGAAGUAUAGCUGCAUCUUCUGUUUCGAAUGAAAAUGAUUCCUUAUCAUUCGAACAAUACCAAAGUUAUCGCUCCCAACACCCGGGACCUCUCUCAGAGAGGUCCUUCAAUAAAUGGAAACGUAAUGGCGGUAUGGAUGAGCCCUCUUUUAAAUGGAGGGCUCAUCCAUACCGGGGUUUUGGGAGACAACGAA